AUGGCCCACGAGUACUUCGCUGACGUCAGGGCCGCCGCCGACGCAGACGGCGGCUUCGACGGGCGCGGCUGCGAGGCCGGCGGCGAGCACGCGAUGUUCAACGAAGCGCCAGACCUGAACCACUGCGGCGGCGGCGGCGACGGCGGCCGGAACGGCGGCGGCCAGCGGCGGCUGCGGGAGGCACAGGGGCAGCGGCUGGCGGAGGGGCGGGCGGAGGGCGUGCCCGAGGAGGCAGCGGCGCAGGAGCUGAUGGCGUUGACGAUGGACGUUGACUCGGGGGAGGGUUCAGAGGGGAUGGAGGGCCCCAAGCGGCCGGACAGGGUCGAGGAGGAUGCGGACGGCCCCUGCGGCGGGGGCGGGUCGUUCGCGCUGGGCCGGCUGGCCAAGCGCCCGCGGCAGCACGGCGCGGCGGAGGGGCAGGCAGCGGACGCGGCGGCGGCGCUGGCAGCGGGCACGGGCGUGGGCGCGGGCGCGGCGGGGGUGGCAGCGGGGCUGGACGCGCAGCCGUCGUUUUUGCCAGGGCCGCGCGGGUGA